UAUAUAUCUCUUCCCAACCCUUCUCAGCCCAUCCUCGCCGCCGCUCCACCUUCCUUUUCCCUAGUUUUCACCAUCUCUUCCCUCUCUUAGAAGAGAGAGGCAGCUAAGGCGUUCUAAGUGCGGAUCUCGAGGGGGUAAUCGAAGAUGAACCACUGCGCGAUGCAGCAGAACGCUUUCGCUGCCUGCGAGGAGAUGCGGGGGGGCUCCUCUUCCGUCGUCGUCGACCGGAGGUCCCCUGUCUUCUGUCCCAAGCCCCGGCGCCUUGACCCCCUCUCCGCCGCCGCCGCCGCCGCCGACCCCGUCCGCCCCCUCCGGUGGCACGCCAGUCAUCAGGCCGAUCUCUCGGAUUUCAAAGCCGGCUCGGAGCUUCUCGAUUUAUUUCUAACGAAGGGUGGGGAACAGGUGGCCUCGUCACCCCCGUUCUUCUGCGGCUCCCCGCCAAGCCGGGCGGCAAACCCGGUGGUCCAAGAUGCCCGUUUCGGCGAGGACCGGCCGCCGGCGCCUAUCGCCACCCUCCCGGUCCAAUCCGGCUCGCCGAUGUCGCCGCGGAAAGGCUGUGUCCGUGCCAAAUUUGGCCUGAUGCCGGCCGCCGUGAGAGUCGAGGGUUUUGAUUGCCUCAAUCGCGAUCGCCGGAGCCACAGCAUCACAGCUGUGGCAUAAAAGCCUUGCACAUAUUUAUAACACAAACCCCAAGUGCUCUAUUUCCGUGGGAGCACUUGAGAGACAAAAAAGGGGAAAAGAUUGAGGAAUAUUAACAUCAACAAUCCACAACUACAUUUAGAUGCUAAUCCAAGAGGAGUUAAUCGAGAGUUUAGUUUUGAGAGGGAAUGUGGAAAAGUGGUUUCUUCUCCUACUGUACAUUUGCCCAGCUAUCUAUCUAUUUUUUUUCUUUUUGUAAUUAAAGUUUUUAUGUAGAUACAGAAUAAGGAGGGAGGGAGGGAGAGAGAGAGAGAGAGAGAGUGAGGCGGCAAGCCAAUCUUUGUGUUUUAUUUUAGUCCCCACAUUGGAUUCUAGUCAUUAUGGCCUUGUUUUUCAUAUCUAAGUUUCGGGGUGGAAUCUGUAUAAAAGAAUGUUAGGAAGUGGGUCGGUCAUUUUGGGUCAUGGCAUGUGUAUGUAUAUAUUUUAAAUAUAAAGUUUGGAUCUUAUCAUCCGUAAAGGGUCUUAUUUGCCCCUUUCCAUUA